AUGUGCGGCAUCCAUGCUGCCAUUUCGUCGUCCCCCGACUCUGUCAUCUCGCCCGAGCUCACCCAAUGCCUUGCAAAGAGAGGCCCCGACCACACUGGAACUGUGCAGACGCAGGUCGCCAGUAGGGACCCAGAGCAAGCCGUGCGCUUCCUGACCUUUACGUCGACGGUGCUUUCACUCCGAGGCGACCACGUGGCCAAGCAGCCGCUCGUUGACGAUGCUUCCGGAUCCGUCCUCUGCUGGAACGGCGAGGCGUGGGGUAUUCGAGGAGAACCCGUCCAAGGAAAUGAUGGCGAGGCGGUCUUGGCCCUGCUGACUGAGGCGAGCCGUAGUGCGGCAGACUCAGAUGGCGUUCUCGAUGCUCUACGUGCAAUCGAAGGCCCAUUUGCCUUCAUCUACUUUGACAAACCCACAGAGCGCAUGUACUACGGCCGCGAUCGUUUGGGUCGCCGGUCGCUGCUUGUGAAAGCAGGCCGACCGUUUGUCCUAUCCAGCGUUGCAGAGACUCCGGCUGAAGGCUGGUUGGAGGUUGAGGCUGAUGGAUGCUAUGUACUUGCGCUGGACGAGGGUGACUUGGUUACUGACAUGAUACCUACUCGACAUGACUGGGCACAUGAUCCUUCCCUUGUGUCAAGCAUCGGAGUUUUCAAUACGGAGAUACCACAGGCACCCUUCAGGCUGGCUCUCAAUUCGAGGCCAGUCCAGGCCCUACAACAGCAUCUCAUUGAAUCGCUGAGACUUCGGGUCCUUGACGUGCCCUUGCCUCCUCAAGCGUCUGAUACAGAUGCAAGGAUCGCGGUUCUUUUCUCGGGAGGACUUGACUGUACCGUUCUGGCGCGGCUUUCCCACGAUCUAGUGCCCUUGAAGCAGUCGAUUGACCUGAUCAAUGUUGCAUUUGAGAAUCCCCGGAUUGGAGCUCAACACCCUGACUGUUCCCGAGACGAUCUUUACGAAAAAUGCCCAGAUCGGAUGACCGGGAGGAGCGCCUUUGCAGAACUUAGCAAAAUCUGCCCUGACCGAGCAUGGCGCUUCGUCGCGGUGAAUGUGCCUUAUACCGAGACCCUGGAACAAAGACCCGAGAUCGUACGAUUGAUCCACCCACACAACACGGAGAUGGAUCUCUCGAUAGGAUGUGCGCUUUAUUUCGCGGCAAGGGGGCAGGGACUCGGCGAAACAGUGUCGAAACCAGAACCCCAAUCAUAUUGCACGACAGCUCGCGUGCUUCUAUCUGGACUCGGGGCGGACGAACUCUUUGGAGGUUAUGUUCGACAUGCAACCGCGUAUUCUCGGCGAGGCUAUCCUGGUGUUGUGGAGGAAUUGAAGCUCGACGUGAGCCGGCUGGGCAAGAGAAAUCUUGGCCGAGACGAUCGAGUGAUGGCGCACUGGGGCCGAGAAGUGCGAUUCCCGUACCUGGACGAAGGAUUUGUCAAGUGGGCAAUCGAGUCGCCAGUCUGGGAGAAAUGCGACUUUGAAAACCAAACCGACGAGGUCGGAGUUGACCCUGAAAAACGGGUACUGCGACUGUUGGCUAGGUCCUUGGGGAUGGAUUCAGUUUCGCAGGAAAAGAAGCGGGCCAUUCAAUUCGGAGCUAGGACAGCCAAGAUGGAAAGCGGCAGGGUGAAAGGGACGACUCUUAUCUCAGGGUGA